AUGCGGUUCAAUUGGUUCCUUCACGGUCUAACCCGGUUCUCUUACAUUCCUGCUGUGGACCAGAAGGCGAUGCACAAAUGCUUGUCGUUGUGCUCUCCUCGGCGCUACACGCGGCGCAUCCGUUCCCUGCGUUCUUUUCCAAGUGUGCGAGUUGUAUUGAUGCUGCAUCAGAAGCAGUUCGUCCGCAAGACGCGUAAAGGAGCCAUACAGCGGGUGGUGCGGGAGCACUACCUGCGCGACGACAUUCCUUGUGGCGCGCUGCCCUGCGCCAAGUCGCCCGCCACCGCCUGCGACAAAGACUCCGCUCGCCUCUCGCCUAAUAACGAACCCAUCCUCGUUAUAGACACCAACGUCGCCCUGCACCAGAUCGACCUGUUGGAGAAUGCGGCGAUCAGCAACGUGGCGGUGCUGUCGGUGGUGCUGGGGGAGGUGAAGAGUCGCAACGUGGCGGUGUAUGGUCGGCUCAGGGCGCUUGUAGCAGAAGAAUCGCGCCGCUUCUUCGUCUUCUCUAAUGAGCACCACAAGGACACGUACAUAAAGGCGGAACCAGGGGAGAGUCCCAACGACAGGAAUGACCGAGCCAUCAGGGUGGCAGCGCAGUGGUACCAGCAGCAUCUGGGCGGCAAAGUGCCGGUCGUGCUCAUAACAGACGACAAGGCCAACCUGGCAAAGGCAGUGGCGGCCGGCAUGAAAGCCAUGAGAGUGCGCGAGUAUGUGGCGUCAUUAGGGAGUGUAGAGCUGAUGGAUUUGGUGGUUAGUGCGGGGAGUGGGGAGGAGGGGGAAGGAGGGGAGGGAGGGGAGAGAGGGGAGGGGGAUAAGGCGGCGAGGGAGGAGGAGAACCGGGGUCUCCGGACCAACGUGUCUCGCAGCAAGAGGAAGAGGAUCUACUCUGACCACAAGCCCAUGUCAGCCAUUACAGCGGGUUUGCAGCGCGGGCUGUACCAUCAGGGCAAGCUGCGUGUGAGCCGCUACAACUGCUUCGAGGCGUUUGUGGGCUCUGAGUCUCUGGGCGACGAGAUCCUCGUUAUAGGCCGAUGCGAUAUGAACCGUGCGGUGGAUGGGGACGUGGUGGCGGUGGAGCUGCUGCCGCGGGAUCAGUGGAAGGAACCGACCAGUGGUGCUCUACGAGAAAGGGAGGAUGACCAUGAUGAAGCUGCUGCGGAGGAGCAGGGUGAGGAGGACUCAGUGGGUCUGCCCCCUGCCUCGGCUGACGACGCGCCGUCCACUCUCUCCUCUGCUGCGGCCGCGCUCUCGCUAGACAAGGAAGCUGAUGGCACGGGGGUGGAGGGGUCGCUAGCCCCCAUGCGCACACCCCCAGCAUCAGCAGGGGCGUUGGUCCCCGCUCUCUUCGCCGCUGCCGACCUCAGGGUGCCUGUUCUUACUCCUGUCUGCCGCCUCGCCCCUGCUUUUUCCCUUCCUCCCCCUUCCUAUCCGCCAGCUAUGCAGGGGUGCCUGCGCUCACUCCUUUCUGCCCCCUCCGCCCCGCUUCUUCCUCCCCCCCGCCUUCCGCUCCCCAGCUAUGCGGGUUCCCUAGCCCCCCCAUGCGAGUGCCCCCAGCAUCAGCAGGCGCGUUGGUGCGCGCCCUGUUCGUGGCUGCGGACCGCAGGGUGCCUGCGCUCACUCCUUUCUGCCCCCUCCGCCCCGCUUCUUCCUCUCCCCAGCUAUGCGGGUUCCCUCGCCCCCAUGCGCACGCCCCCAGCGUCAGCAGGGGCGUUGGUCCGCGCGCUCUUCGUCGCUGUUGACCACAGGGUGUGUCCCCCCAUGCGCACGCCCCCAGCAUCAGCAGGCGCGCUGGUCCGCGCUCUCUUCGUGGCUGCGGACCGCAGGGUGCCGCGCAUCCGUGUGGAGACAAGGCAGGCCGGCCAGCUGAUGGGCAAGCGCGUCCUCGUGGCCAUCGACAGCUGGCAGCCCGACAGCGCGUUCCCCUCGGGGCACUACGUGAAGACGCUGGGGGAUAUCGGGGACCGGGAGACAGAGAGCGAGCUGCUCCUCAUGGAAAACGACAUUGACGCGCGCCCCUUCUCGCAGCAAGUGCUGGCGUGUCUGCCGCCGCUGCCCUGGUCCGUGUCACCAGCAGACAUCACAGACCCACGCAGCAAGAGGGAGGACCUGAGGCACGUGCGCGUGUUCAGUGUCGACCCCAUUGGGUGUCGGGAUAUUGACGACGCUCUGCACUGUGUGCCGCUCCCCAAUGGCAACUUCGACGUUGGCGUUCACAUAGCAGAUGUGACUAACUUUGUACUACCGGGAACGCCUCUAGACGUGGAGGCAUCACAGCGAGGAACAUCCGUGUAUCUAGUGGAGCGCCGCAUAGACAUGCUGCCCAAGCCCUUGACGGAAGACAUAUGCUCCCUGCGUGGCGGUGUGGAGCGACUCGCCUUUUCCUGUAUCUGGGAAAUGACCCCCGAGGCGGAGAUUGUAUCUGUGCGAUUCACCAAGAGCGUGAUCAAAUCCGCUGCUGCGCUGUCCUAUGUGGAGGCACAGGCGCGCAUGGAUGAUGAGCGCAUGCAUGAUGACCUCACAAGGGACCUUCGCAACCUCAACCGCCUCGCCAAGGUGAUGAGGCAGCGGCGCAUAGACAAGGGAGCGCUCACGCUGGCAUCACCGGAAGUCAAGUUUGAGAUCGACACUGAAACGCACGACCCCCUUGACGUUGGCAUGUACCUGGUGCGAGAGGCCAAUCACAUGAUAGAGGAGUUCAUGCUUGCAGCCAAUGUGUCCGUGGCGGAGAAGAUUCUCCAGCACUUUGCCUCUUGCUCCCUGCUCAGGCGCCACCCCACCCCGUCGCCCAACAUGUUUGAGCCGCUACUGCGAACAGCAGAGGCGGUGGGGAUUGCCAUUGACACCUCCUCCUCCAAGAACCUCGCUGACUCGCUUGACCGCGCUGUGGGCCCAGACCCAUACUUCAACAAGCUUAUCCGCAUCCUCACCACUCGCUGCAUGACUCAGGCGGUGUAUUUCCCCAGCGGCCAGCUCGCCCCUGCAGAGUACCACCACUACGGCCUGGCAGCUCCCAUCUACACGCACUUCACCUCGCCCAUCCGCCGAUAUGCCGACGUGGUGGUUCAUCGCCUACUGGCCGCAGCCAUCGGGUUGACACCGCUGCCAGAUCAAACCAAGGAUAAGACUGCACUCACCGCCCUCACUGACAACCUCAACUAUCGCAACCGCAAUGCUCAGAUGGCGGGGCGAGCAUCAGUGGAGCUUCACACGCUCAUCUUCUUCCGCACUCGCCCAACGGAUGCGGAGGGGCGGAUAGUGAUGGUUCGCUCCAAUGGGCUCAUCGUCUUCGUGCCAAAGUAUGGCAUAGAAGGCCCUGUCUACCUCGUACCCAAGGAACCUCCCAAGGGAAAAGCUGCUGCUGUUGCCGCUGCCAACAAGCUCGAUGGGUAUGCGCCGUCGAGUGACUGGGUGGUGGACGAGAAGACGCAGACUGUGGAGUCGAAAGAUGGGAAGCGGCGUUUCAAGGUGUUGGACACGGUGACUGUGCACAUUGAGGUUAUUGAGCCACAGCCCAAUCGGCCCAAGCUGUCACUCACACUAGUGAGCCAAUGA